AUGCAGAAGAUUGACGAUGGCACGCUGGAGUCUCUCGUCCGAGCCAUGCCUGUGAAUACCUUUGAUCCAGGUGCUUGCGUGUGCCGGCAAGGUGCCCGGGACGACUGCGCCUACGUCAUCGUCGAGGGGUCGGUGAGCGUUUUCCAGGAGCCCGAUCCGGACACCGAUCCUGGGGGGACCAAGGCCCUGGUGCGGCAGCUGAAUUGCGGACGCCUCUUUGGGGAGUUCUCCAUGCUCUAUAGCACGCCGCGGACCCGCAGCGUGUACGUGGACCAGCAGCCUGCCACUCUUGGAGUCUUAACACAAGAGGUCUUCCGCAACCUGGUGGUGCGCAACGAGAUGAAGGAGCGCAGCCGCCGCGAGGCUUGCUUGCGCCGCUCAGCAAUGCUCGAGACGCUCGACGACGAAGAGAUCGCUCACCUGGCAGAUGCGUUGGAGAAGAAGUGCUUCGAAGAGGGUGAGGUCAUCGUCCGCCAGGGGGAGACCGGCUCGGAGCUGUACGUGGUCCUGGAGGGCACUUGCGUGGUGACGGUAGAGACUGGGUCGAACGACGACAGGGACAUCCAGGAGUGCAAGCGCUGCUAUGCGGGGGACAUGUUCGGAGAGAAGGACGGUGCGUUCGGCCACGGUCUCCGCAGCCUCGAAGGUGGAGGCAUGGACUGUGUCGGGCUACUUCUCAUGGCUCUGGGCUGCACAGAACGGGUGGCCGAGACCUCCAAGGGCCAGUUCCGGCUGAUCGACACGCCCGACCGCGGGCGAUGCCUGGAAGCAACCGUGGACCUUCCCGCAGGGCACAGGAUCCGAGAUCUGCCCAUCUUGCCACAUGGCUCCAGUGUAGGGCGACAUCUUGCUGAAGCCACCGAGUCCAGUGAGGACAUCAAGUCGGUGGAGUUGCUUGCGGCUUUGGACUUUCUGGCAUCCAUGGUGCUGGCAGGUUCUCAUCAUUCGCAUGCGGACUUGCUGAUGUCCUUGUAUGAGUUCGAGGGCGCGCCUCCGCGCGUGCCGAUGAUCCGGCGCUGGCACAAGAAGUGGAAGCCAGCUGUUGCUGCGGCCCUGGACAUAUCUUUGCUUGAAAAAGCAUGGGCCCAUGUUGUUCCGAACUGGCGGCAGCUGACUGUUUCGGCCCCCUGUUGGAGGUUGAUCGACAGCCCUGCGGGCCUACAGGAAGCGCUGUCGCACGACAUCGUGUGUGGGCUGUGGCUACACAUGGCUCUCUGCGAGCACUCCUGCGAUCCAAACUGCGCCUUGCUGCACGACGGCGAGAGCUUGUGGUUCACAGCGCUGCGGCCGAUUUCUGCGGGCAGCCCCAUCACCACGUCGUACCUGAGCGUGGGGGGCUUGCUGAGAACUCGUGCGGAGCGCCAGGAGGAGCUCCGGGAGACUUGGGGCUUCGACUGCGCCUGCCCACGAUGCACAUCGGAGGCCGGCCAGGCGGAGCAGGCGGAGCAGGCAGAAGCUGAAGAGGGCUUGGGCGGCUUGGGCGACCUCGAGACGCUGCUCAGAAGCUGCAGCUCUCCACCCGAGGUCUUCGAGUCCCCAGAAUCUCAGCAGGAGUAUUGCCAGAACCUGUGCCAGCUGCAGAAACGGGUGCGGCAGCUGCAUGGGACCUCGUCACCUUCCCCAGCCGAGUUGGCCUUGCUGCUGCUGGAAGCCAUCUUUGCCGAGCCUGAGCAGGAUGCCCAGGAUGCCACUGAGCGUCACUGGCUUGCCUGCCUUCGGAUCCUUGGGGACAGCUCUGCCUACACGCGCUGGGCCUCGCAGCUGCUCAAUCGCCCACAGGACUGCCUCGACAGAGACGUUCAAGGCUCUGACAGCCGAACUGAGAGCCAAACUGUGGCAACUGCGCGGGGCCCGCUGCGCGAGGCCUACGCCCGACACUUUGCCUCGAGGCGCUGGGCUCGUCGACGGCGAGGAGCGGAGUUUGUGGCCUGGGCCGACACGACAACGGCCCAAAGAGGCUUCAUGGGGACCGCCUUUCAGAGGCUGGGACCCCUCAGCCAACUGCAAGAGAUCCACUACCUUUGCGAUCCAAGGCGCAGCAUCGCCAACUUUUACCUCCCCGGGGACCAAAGCGGUCCCGCAGGAUUCUGCGGCGAGGAGCGCACAGGUGAGGAGCCGGAUGCGUCCACCUGGUUUGCCGUGUACCGCCCAACUUCGCGCGAUGCCAUUGCCAAGAUGGUGAGUGGCGUCGCGGUCGGCAAGGGCUUGAACGUCAAGGGCAAGUCAGCCAAGAUGCCGAAUCGCCUUUCGGGCUUCGUUCCCUUCCUGCAGAUCAGCCAGGAGAGCCACAAGGCCGAGAUUGAAGAGUCACCGCCUCAUGCCCGAGUUUGCAUUUACUUUGCCUCUGAGAUUCUGCGGCAAAGUGCGAUGGUCCAGCUGCAAGCGUUUGUGGACAUGGGCUCGCUGGCCAUUGAGGAACGGGAGAUCCGACUCCUGGACGAGUAUCCGUCGGUGCCGGGCCUGGACGUGCCAGAGGUCGCAGUUCAGCAGGCAUUCAUCCUCAAGCCCGACAUCCAGCCGGCCGUUGGAUGGGAGACAGGCCGUGUUUCAGAGCCGGCUUUCAUGGACAUGAACCUCCAGGCUUUGCGUGGCAACUCCCGGCCGAAAGUGGUCCUCUACCAAUUUGACCAGGAGCAUGUGGAAUGGUGA